AUGGGGCUGUGCCAGAGCCAAGAGGAGAAAGAACUUCAAUCCAAGACCAAACAGAUUGACCGCGAACUUAUGCAAGGUCAUUUGGCACAACAAAAAGUGGUCAAAUUGUUACUGUUGGGUGCUGGUGAAUGCGGAAAGAGUACGGUGCUCAAACAAAUGAGGUAAGAAAAAACUCAAAAGAUUUUAAAACAGUUAUGAAUGCACUUCUGUUUUAUAAAACUUAAUUUUUACUUUUUGACAAGACUAACAUUCGAAGGAGCUUUUUUUGAAAAAUUAUUGUCGAAAUUUUUCUAAAAAACAGUUGUAAAUCCCAAAAAGUAAAAAAUAAUUGGACAAGAAGUUUAUUAUUCUAUUAACUUGAGAUUUUACAUAUAUUCCGGGUAAUUAACUAACAAUGAAUAUAACAACUUUAGUUUGAGUAAUAAUUGUUGUUGGGGGAGACACUUCCGGUGGGUCGAUAAACUUCAAAGGUGCUAAUGAGGGUGUAAAGUCAAAUUUAUUGUUUUAUAACCAGCACAAGCGUUUUUAAAACAUUCCAUGGUAGUUGAACUAUUAAGAAUUAAAUUAAAAUAUAGAUUUACUUUGUGGAAAUAUUAUACCUUAUAAUAUACAUUUACGUACAAAAAAGUGAUAUAAGCAUGUAUCAAAGUGGUUUGUGAUCUACUUUUUUUAAAUAAAGAAUAACAUCUAUUAAGAAAUGCGAAUACGCAAGCCAGAACGUUCAACAUUACAUUUUGCUUCUUAAAAGCGUUUUAAUGAUGUUUAAAACGUACUCAAGCUGACCUAUCGGUUUGUUCUUGACACAUGUAUGAAUGUGUUCGUAUUUGGAAAAACAUUUAGGAUUUAGAAAGGGGUAGAAAACGCAUAUUAAAAAGAAUGUGAAUUUUACAUUUAACAGAACAUUCAACACAUAGCCAUAAAUUACAUUUCCUGGAGCAAAUUAAUUUUUUUUGGAAUCUUUGUAGGUAUAGCGAAGUUCUUGAAUGUUUGACUCACAUACUUUAUUUUUAAGAUGAUUUACACUAUAUGAAAAUUAAAACGUGUUAAAAAAAGAUUUCACCGGUUUUUCAGUAUUGACAUAAAGUAUAAAUAAACUUUGACCGUGGGAACGACCAUGAGAACAUAGUAUGUUUCAGUUAUUACAGUGAUAUGAAUAAACGUUAAACAUCAUGUUUAGAUGUUAAAAUUUACAACACGUUAGGUUGUUUUGAGAUUUUGAAAGGAUGUGUAAGUUGAAGAUUGCUUCGUCGGUCAAAUAUAAUAAUUCAACUAAUUUUAAAUUAAAAAUCUUUAAAAUUUAGUUUUUUUGUCCAUAGCUAUUAGAUUGUGUAAAAUAAGUAUAAAAUGUAUAAUCUGUUGACGGGUUUUGUGACGCCAACACAUUGCACUUGUUGUUCAAUGAUGCCGGUUGCCAUGGGACGUACAAAAAUAAUAUUGUUAAUGAUGGCAUGUAAUUGCAUACUUGAAAAUGUGGGCAGUUACCACGGUGAUUGACAAACGUCUACUAGUCUCUUUAAAAAGCUUGUAAGGAAAUGCAGAAUGAUAAUAAUGCAUAUGACAAAAUAUAUAGUAAAGACAAUUGUGCGAAAAGAAUAAGAAACUUUUACUUUUUAUUUAAUUAAUAUAAAAUAUUCAGAAUUCUGCACGAUCAUGGUUUUUCCGACGAUGAAAUGCAGAAACAGAAGGCGGUUGUUUACAACAAUACCGUCCAAUCAAUGGCAACAAUUCUUCGUGGAUUGAAACAACUUAAUGUCACGUUCGACAAUCCGGCGUUGGAAAACGAAGAACGGAUCGUAAUGGACGUGAUAAAACGUGCCGAAGAGUCGGAGCCAUUCAGCGAAGAAUUGACACGAUCCUUAAAAGCCCUUUGGGCAGAUCCUUCGAUUCAAAUGGUAGCUUUGCAAAGAGGAAACGAAAUCCAACUCCCUGAGUCGGCCAUUCAGUAAGUUGUGACAAAAUCAUGACUAUGAUUUAUAAGUUCCUUAACUUUUAAAUAGCUAUUAAAAUGCAUUUUUUGAUUUGCCGCUUAAAAGCCCUUUUAUUUCGUGUCUACCAAAGUUUUAAAAUAUAAGGGACGAGCUAAAUACAUCGGAUGGAAAGUAUCAGACAAAAAAUGCAAUUCCUUGUCUGAUAUUUUUUUCAACGAUCUUUUUUUUCUCUAACUGCCGUCGGCAACGAGAGGAAAAAAAAGAUAGCGGGAAAAUGAGAGACGAAAAUAUCAGACAAGAAAUCGCAUUUUUUGUCUGAUACUUUCCAUCCGAUGUAUUUAGCUCGUCCCUUAUAUUAAAAAUUUACUCAGAAUUCAGACUUUUCAUUAGUAUAACGAUGAAAAAAUGUAUAAUAAUAUCUAUUACAUUUAAUUUUACAGUUUUUUGCAAUCUAUCGACCGGUACAUUGACGAAAACUACGUGCCUACAGAACAAGAUAUUUUGCUGAGUAGGAUAAAAACGACCGGUAUUGUUGAAGUCAAGUUCAAAAUGAAAAAUGUUGAUUUCAGGUAUGUCACUCACUAUCUUUAAGGUUUUUUUGUUACAUUUUGUUUAGUUUUGUAAUAUGAUACAGAUUUAUUUUUGUUCCGUUUUUAAAAUGGUAUGUAAAGUUUGCCGUGCUUUUAAUGUAGUGUGAUAUAUGUUCUGCCAGUUUAAAAAGUAAAUUAAGAUUUUAAGAGUAUUACAGUUGCCAUUUUCAGAGUGUUCGACGUAGGAGGUCAACGUUCCGAGCGCAAAAAGUGGAUUCACUGUUUUGAAGAUGUAAAUGCUAUUAUAUUUAUCGCUGCAAUCAGUGAGUACGAUCAAGUACUAUUUGAAGAUGAAACUACGGUAAGACAGUAAAUUUAAAAGGUGUCAGUUUUACUUGCUUUUCUAAGCGUCCGACAAAGGGUUGGAUGAUACGGCAAUUAUCAGCUUAUCCUUGUCUAAAACUAUUAUAAGAUUACUCGUUGAGUCAGUACUUGUACAAAAUUGUAUUUACUACCAUAGUCCUUUUCUUUGUGAAUACUAUUAAUAUAGCAAUAACAAAAUACAUUUUUCAGAACCGAAUGAUUGAAUCCAUGAGGCUUUUCGAAUCCAUCUGUAACUCACGGUGGUUUAUCAACACGUCUAUGAUAUUGUUCUUGAAUAAGAAAGACUUAUUUAUGGACAAAAUUCAGAAAACGUCGAUUAAAAUUGCUUUCCCUGAAUAUAAAGGGCCGAACACAUAUGAUGAUCAAGUGAAAUUCAUCGAAGAAAAGUUUGAGGGUUUGAAUGCAAAUCCCGAUAAGACCAUUUAUAUGCAUCAGACAUGUGCUACGGACACGAAUCAAGUACAGAUGAUUCUGGAUUCUUGCAUCGAUCUUAUCAUUCAAGCAAAUUUACAAGGCUGCGGAUUGUAUUGA